AUGGCCGACUUACAGGAUAUCGGGUCUCUCCUGAGGAGACUGCAACUUCUCGAAGACAAGGAUGCUCUCGCCACUCUACUGAAUCGCUACUGCAACACAGCCGAUGAUCACAAAUGGGACGAGUUCGCCAAUUGCUUCAUCCCCGACGGCGUGCUCGGGUUCGAGAAAUGGGGUGAUGUUGUGGGACGAGACAAAAUCGCAGCCAUCGCUGGCAACGCCGAGGACCGAUUCCAGGGAUUGCAGCACUCCAUGACCAACAUGAACUUCACUGUCAAUGGCGACGAGGCCAGCGGCACUUGUUAUCUCUGGUUCGCCGCUACUAUGGACACGUCCAAGCCACACGAGUACCACGCUUUUGGCGGCCCCUAUAAAUUCAACUUCAAGCGCACCCCGGAGGGCUGGCGAAUUUCGCGAAUGCAGCUCAAGAAGAUUUGGGCCCAGAACGAGGAUACGCAAAAGGUUUUUGGCUAG